GACCUCUAGAGGAUCAAAGAAAUGGCAGGGGUCUGACCCUCGGGAGGUUUGCAAGAGGAGAGAAGGGUCUCUGAUGAGGCUGCAGCAGCAGGUUGAGAGCAGGUUUUGCCCAGCUGGCCCUUACUGAAUGGGAGACGGGUUGUUCCCUGAGAGUGAGAGUUGGGUCAGCCCGGAGGGGCCUCCUUGUGGCUCCAGCUGCAGAUAGUGGGGAAAUGUGUCUGCCUCAGUCUUGACGUCUCCCAGCCGCCGACGGGGAUGCUCCCCAUCUCGGUUCAUUGAAUUACUGCUGUUCACUGUUGGCGCCUGGGACGUUGCUGUACAUGUUCUCUGUUCCUGCCAAGCGCUGUUAUCUGAACACGGCCUCGUGGGUUUCUGCCUCUGCUUAAUUGCAUUCCCUCUCCUGCCACGCUCUGGCUCUCCACCUCGAGGAUUUCUACACCUCCCCCAGGCUUCCUGCCUCACAGUGAUUUAUCCCCCUGGCAUCUGGAACACUCGCUCGAGAUCAGAUCCUCUCAGGAGGUGGUGUGAAAGACUUAUCUUCCCAGCUAGCUUGUAGGUUCUUCGAGAGCAUGAAGAGGCAUUUGUGUCCUCCCGGGGCUUUGCCCAGUACCUGACACACUGGGUUUGAUGAAGUCUCGUUUGUGUGUUCAUUACCAACUGAAGAUUUUCAUCUUGCAGUAUCCCUAAUUUCCAUUAAAGGCAUGUUUUCGACUGGCCUUGUUUUGGGUCCUGGUCCCGUCCCAGCCUUGAUCACAGUAAUCUGGCAUUGCCCACUUGCCCUGAAGCUUCUGCCACCUCCCAAGUGUAAUGAAACUCUCUCUCAGAAAAAAAAGACUAACCUACACCCAAGUUAGGGCUCCAACCCACAACCCCAGGAUCGAGAGUUGCACACUCUUUCAACUGAGCCAGCCAGGUGCCCCAAGGUUUUUUGUUUUUGUUUUUUCUUUUUUCUUUUUUAAGGUAGUCUCCAUACUCAAUGUGGGGAAGAGUCACGUGCCCAAAGACUGAGCCAGCCAGGUGCCCCUCGAUGCUAACAAAUUUUAGAGUCAGCACCUGGCCCAGAGUGCCUCAGGUCCUCUCCUGGUUGGUAACAGAUUGGAGAGUAUGUCAUCCUGUUACAGAGAGUUGGGGUCAUUCGACGUGAUUUCCUGGUUCUCACCCACCUUGACUCUAUGAUAGACUAUUUUUCUGCUCACUUUCUGGAAGUUUCUUUUAACUCGUUCCCAUUGGCUUGGUUUUCUCUUCCUGGAGAAGCUUAGUGUCUUUUUUAUGCUUGGAGAGUUCACUGUGUUCUCCACUUUAUGGUUGGGUGGGUUUUUUUCUUUUUUUUUUUUUUUGUUUUUUUUGUUUUGAUUUUUGAGUUUUGUUUUAAAUUACAAAACUACAGAGAAGCAGAAAGAAUGACCUAACAAAUACCCAUGGAGUUUUCCACCCAAGUUUAAUAAAUGGUGACAUUUGGUUAUCAUGUCAUUUUUUCAACCAAGGAAAAUCAUUACAGAUCAGUCAGAAGCCCAUCUUGUUUCUUUCCCAGGCCCUUCCCUUACUUCCCUAGAGGCAGCCGCUCUGAUGAAUUCCAGUGGCUGCACCAGCUUGCAUUCCCACCAACAAUGCGAAAGAGAUCCUCUUUCUCGGCAUCCUCGCCAACACCUGUUGUUGCCUCAGUUGUUAGUGUUAGCCAUUCUGACAGGUGUGAGGUGGUAUCUCACUGUGGUUUUGAUUUGUAUGUCCCUGAUGAUGAGUGAUGUUGAGCAUUUUUUCAUGUGUCGGUUGGCCAUCUGGAUGUCUUCUUUGGAGAAGUGUCUAUUCAUGUCUUUUGCCCGUUUCUUCACUGGAUUAUUUGUUUUUUGGUGUUGAGUUUGAUAAGUUCUUUGUAGAUUUUGGAUACUAACCCUUUAUCUGAUAUGUCGUUUGCAAAUAUCUUCUCCCAUUCUGUCGGUUGCCUUUUAGUUUUGCUGAUUGUUUCCUUUGCUGUGAAGAAGCUUUUUAUUUUGAUGAGGUCCCAGUAGUUCAUUUUCGCUUUUGUUUCCCUUGCCUCCAGAAACGUGUUGAGUAAGAAGUUGCUGCAGCAUUUUUGUGUGUUUUUAAAUCUUUUAAAUGAUGUAUCACAUGAAUGUAACUUGCUCUUUUCACUCGCCAUUGGUUUUGAGAUCUAGUGGUGAUACCAUGCACAGCACUGUCCUAGGCACUGGGAAACAGCUAAAUAAAGCAAUUCAGCUUUAUUAAGAGCAAUAAAUUCCUUUCCUCGCUGAGUUUUCAUUCCGUGAGGGGCUCGGGGGGAAGGAAGCAUAUGUGGUAUGGAUGGACCACAGUUUAUUUAGCCCUUCCCCUACUGGUGUGCACUGGUUUAGUAUUAACAGUGCCGCAGAGGACAUCGCUGUGUGUCUCCUAGCACAUAGGCACUGUGCACAUGGUUUGCAACCUUUUCUCAAAGGGCCAGAUAGCACAUUUUUUAGGCUCGUGAGCCAUACAGUCUGUCACAACUAUUCACUUCUGCCCUUCAGAGCAGCUAUAAAUAAUAUGCAAAGAAAUUAUUCAAGAACGCUGGAGUUUGAAUUUCAUAUGAUGUUUACAAGUUAUGAAAUAUUCUUUUGUUGCCCAUCCGUUUAAAAAUGUAAAACCCCUUCUUGACACGAGGUGUACAUAAAUUGGCUCACGGGCCGAGUCUGCAACAAAUGAGUCACUCCACAGCCCUUAGAAAGAUGCUCCAAGUCCAGCACCAGAUGAAAACAGGAAGCAUGAGGGGAAGUUGCUGACCAGUUCUGGCCAUUAAGAAACACCAGGGAAAGCCUUUGGAAGCUGGAAGGCUGAAUGACAGCUAAGGGUCUCCAGAGCCAGGCCCUUUGCCCCAAGAUCAUUUUGGUCCAGCUCAGCCUGUGCGUCAUGGCCAGUAACUAGCCCUGGCUCUCUACCUGGUCUUUAUUCUCCCAUGGGUAAGGCCGAAGUCUGGAUUGAGCCAUUAUCCAAGAGGUACAGCUUAUCUGAACAGGAAGGUAGUGUAAUGGGAACAACAGGGGCUUGGGAAGCCUGACUGCAAUUCCUGCCUGGCUCCACCGCCUGACCAGUUCUGUGAUCUUGGGCAAGACCCUUCACUUGUCUGAGGCUGUCCCUUGUCUAUAAUGAGAAUAAUCCACAUCCUUCCACUUGGUUUGUAGGAUGAAAUGACAAAAGUGUAAUGGAAGGUACCUGACAGAUAAGAGGUACCCAAUGAUUGCCAGCCAACAUUUGGAUUUUCUCCCUGUGGAAUGGAUGCCAGAACACUUCCUGGGAUGGGCCACUCACUUCCCCUGGAAGCCGCCCGCUCCAUCUUCUAACACUUGUGACCGCUAGUCACUUCUGUUGAUCUGGAAACUAGCCGGCUGUGGCUUUCACUCCCUGUCCCACGUCCAGCCCUUGAGACCAGGCAACAACCCCCUCCUUUGAUUCCCCAAUCAAAACAGCCUGUUUUCUUCAAAUUGUGAUCUUUGAGCCCUCUCACCAUUCUGGCCACCCAACCAAACACCCUACACACUUGGACUGUCGAUAAAGACAGGAGUCUGGGUCUAGAACUUCCUGGCCAAAGGUGAGGAAGUCCAAACAUUGAUUAAGAGAUUUGAUGGUUGAAGCACUGGGUGGCUCAGUUGGUUAUGUGUUUGACUUCAGCUCAGUUCACGAUCUCAGUUUGUGAGAUCAAGACCCACAUCGGGCUCCAGGCUGACAGUGUGGAGACUGCUUGGGAUUCUCUCUCUCUCCCUCUCUCUCUGCUCUACUCCUACACUUGCACGUGCUCUCUCGCUCUCGCUCUCACUCUCUCUCAGUAUAAAUAAGCUUUAAAAAAGAUUCCAUGGUUAAGAGUUUAAGACUGUGGCACAGGGCAGACCUUGGUUCUGCUACUUGGGUAGGUUACUUAACCUCUUCAAGGUCAUAUUCAUCUUCUGUAAAAGGGGAAAUGGUUCUAGUACCUUCCUCCUGGGCUUGUUGAAAGGAAUACACCCAAUAAUGUAUGGAGAGUGUGCGGCACAACAUCUGAAGCCAGCUGAGCCCUCUGGAGAUUCUUUGGGGGACGGUAAAGGGGCACGUUUUGCAAAUGAGUCUCCUGACCUCCACAGUUCUAAACCCACCCCUCUGCUCCCACAGAGCUGGCCAUACACCUGGUCUCAGUCAGUGCUUGGUUGCCAACUGCCUAGCCUGAGGUGGACAGGAGACCAGAGGCAAGAUGUGAACAGAUCGGAACGUGAAGUCCCUAGGGGCCAGCUGUGGCCACCAGGGGGCACCCCAGCCCCAGAGGUGGCCUCACCCAGGCAGACACACCUACUCCUCAUCCAAAGAAAUCUGUUCCUUGGCCUGAGGUGAGGUAAAUUGGGACAGAAAGUGACAGCCUUGGGUGUGGUCGGUCAGGCCCCAAGUCCUGUGGGAAACCCUCAAGCCUGAGGCAGAGGCCUAGACUAACUGUGAGUCUGACUCUGCUAUCCAUGACCUUGGGCAAGGCACUUUCCUCUCUGGCGCCGGUUCACUGGGGUCAGAACAGACUCCAAGACUUGCCUGGUUCUAGGAUUUGAGGCUGGGGCAGCUUCUUCUGUCUCACUCCCAGCCUUUCUCCAGCUCAGGGCAGCACACACUCUGACUGGCAGUGAACCUGGCCUGGGAAGCCAUGUGUCACAGACGCCCCCAAUUCCAAAGCGCUGGUGGACACCAUUGGAGGGAGGCGUAGUGCGGGAGGAGGAGGAAGGGCAGGGUCAGGUGAACCAAGAGACUCAGAGCCUCAAAGGUCUUGCUUCAUUUGGGACAGACAUCCGGUUUCCUCUGGUUUCUGCCAGGAUUCUGGGGGCUUAAAGGAAUGAGUCAUGGAGGGGGAUUGGGGGGUUCCCAGCUAACCAGUUUGCGACAGGAGCCUGGGAUGAUGCCCAUCAAAGUGUGGGGUGGAGAUGGGAGGCAAGACCCCAAUGUCCCUAUCUCAGGCCCCUGGCCCAUCAGGAGGGGACUCAGGAAGACAGCCUCCUGGACUUUGGGGGGUAAAACUAGCUUCUUCCCUCCCAGAAUUUGGGGCCUAGGGAGCAGGUGGCUUGAGAAUCCCAAGGGAGAGUGCCAGGGGACUGCUCCAGCAGAUCCAGGGGAGGGAGGGAGGGGCUGCCCAGAGGCUGGCCUCUUCCCCAGUCUGACCAGCCUCCAGCCUCCAGCCUCCAGGGCUUUUAUCAGUGGCUCGGCCUUUGUUCAGCGGUUCUGAUCAAACACCCUGGGGCAAUUCGGGCCUGGGUGGGGCUAAGGGGAGGAAGGGAGUUUGAAGGGGACUGGACGUCAAAGAAGGAUCAGAGAUUCCACAAUUUCACAAAACUUUCGCAAACAGCUUUUUGUCCCAGCCCCCCUGCAUUGUCCUGAACGCCAAAUUUGCAUAAAGUUAUUACUAAGCCUUAGUCGUAGCACCAGGUAAUUUCCUUCCAGGCCUCCAUGCGCUUAUGUAUAAAGGCCCUCUGGAGCUGAUCCCUGCCAGAGCCCAGAGUCUGCAGACCCACCCAGACCUCCUGCUAAGCCUGCUGCCCAGAGCCCCAUGAAGCUGACCGCCCUGCAGCUGCUGCUGUGGCACAGCGCACUCUGGAUGGUGCAAGAAGCCACCCCCUUGGGCCCUACCAGCUCCCUGCCCCAGAGCUUCCUGCUCAAGUGCUUAGAACAAGUGAGGAAGGUCCAGGCUGAUGGCGCAGCGCUGCAGGAGAGGCUGUGUGCCGCCCACAAGCUGUGCCACCCUGAGGAGCUGCUGCUGCUUGGGCACGCUCUGGGCAUCCCCCAGGCUCCCCUGAGCAGCUGCUCCAGCCAGGCCCUGCAGCUGACGGGCUGCCUGCAUCAACUCCACAGUGGCCUCUUCCUCUACCAGGGCCUCCUGCAGGCCCUGGCAGGGAUAUCCCCCGAGUUAGCCCCCACCCUGGACACGCUGCAGCUGGACAUCACCGACUUUGCUAUCAACAUCUGGCAGCAGAUGGAAGACGUGGGGAUGGCCCCUGCAGAGCCGCCCACCCAGGGCACCAUGCCAACCUUCACCUCGGCCUUCCAGCGCCGGGCAGGAGGCACCCUGGUUGCCUCCAACCUGCAGAGCUUCCUAGAGGUGGCAUACCGUGCUCUGCGCCACUUCACCAAGCCCUGAGCAAAACCCUCCCCCACGAGUGUAUUUAUCUUUAUUUAAUAUUUAUGCCUAUUUAAACCUAAUAUUUAAAGACAAGAAAGAGCAGAAAGGAGCCCUGGACUCUUGGGUCCUUCCUGCCACCUCUGAGUUUCAUUCUCCUGCUUGUAGCAGGGAGAAAAUCUGUCCCCGGGACUGGGAGGCGGAUAGGUAAAUACCACGUAUUGAUUUCUAUGACUGCUCCCUGGCCUGGCUCUGUGGUGGGCACUGGGAAGAACCCCAGCGAACCCCUUAGCCCAAGGGUACCCACCUUGAGGCCCUCGGAAGCAUCCGGAAGUCUCCCAAGUGGGAGACAAGACAACCCUGUUUAAUAUUUAAACAGCAGUGUUCCCCUACCGGGUCCUCCCUCGCUCUGGCCUCACCGAAGUGCCUGGUGCAUGCCAGGUGGGCUAGGCCUUGCUUCUCACGUCCCCUUCCCUACACAGUAAAGCCCGCAGAGGCAGCCAGAGCCGGAAAGCUUGACCCUGGGGUCCCACGAAUUCGCUAGGGAAUCUAGUUUUCAAGAUGUUUUGGGGAAUAUUUUGACUUCCAGUAUGGGGAGCCGAGGCAUGGCUGACAUUUCUCAUCUUUCUGGAUGCCUCGUAGCGACAAUGACAGGCUCCUAAUGCCUGCCCCACCCUCACCAGGGUCAGGAUUCUGACUCCUCAAGGGCCGGGCAGAGAGUCACUUACCGGCCUCGCUGAAGGGGGACUGGGAGUGCGGGGCCUGUGUGAUGGAGAGGAACGUUCAACUCUUCACCCUCCACCUCUGCCCCCACUUUCUCACUGUAGCCAAACUGUGAUAAUAAAGUGUUUUGUUUGUCUCCAGUAAA